GACUCAUCUAUCACACAUUUGCUAUUGCAGGAAUCAGUGUCUCAAAGCAAACGGAGCUCUGGGGUGAGGAAAAUACUACGAUACCGAGAGAUUAUGCAAUGCAGGGCAAGUUGAGAAAGAGAGGAACCUGGAGAAAUACAUGACACUGAGCCAGAAAAGUCAGGACAGAGCCUUCCUGUUUGCCUGAAAAAAAAGAAAAAAAAAGAAAAAAAAGCAGGGAUAUCUCUCAUCUCGGUAAAGUUUAGCUGCUUUUUCUGAGCACAUUUGUUGAGUCCUGCUGCAGUGUGGUAGGCAGAGGUUAAUUUCACGUGCCUCGAUAAAUCAACCGGUAGGGAUAAAUUUAAUUUCAAGGAGAAAUAUUGCUGCUUGACAGCAGAGAUACCGAAGCCUCUAGGGACGAGAGGAGGUGCGGUAUAAAGAGAGACAAAGCGAGAAAAAGUGUUAACAAGGACCAACAUGGAGGAGAGAGAAAACUACACCAGCCUGCACGACAUCGCAGAGGAGUCAACAGCUCGAGGGAACAGACUCAUUCUCGAACACGGCAAUGGUUCCCAGGGACUGAAGCGGGGCAUCGGGUGUUUGAAGAGUCGAUCUGCUCUCCUGAUACUUAUUGGCUUUUUCGCCUCCAUCUGUGCCAACAUCAUCCUCACUGUGCUCUUGAUUGGCAGGCCAGUGCCAGUGCCAGAAGCCCCUCUGGACGCUUCACCCCUGCGUUUGAAAUCAGUGCAGCAACGUUACAUCCACCUAUGUGAGGACUACACCGCCCUGGGACAGAACUGUUCGAAGACAGUGAAGCGGUGCAGGGAGUGUCCUGAGGGCUGGCUCCAUGUGGGGAAUCAAUGUUACUAUUUCAGCAGUGACAAGCUGGACUGGCUGAAUAGCAGAGACAGCUGUGAGGAGAUGGGGAGCCAUCUUACCAUACUGCACACCAUGGAACAGCAUGAUUCUUUGGAAAAAGAAGCAAGGAGAAUUGGUGGGUUUGAUUACCACUUCUGGAUCGGCCUGUCUGACAUAGAGAAGGAAGGAGACUGGAGAUGGGUGGACAACACAACCCUGGAGUACAAAUAUUGGAAUCCGUCGAGCUCAGAGCCAGAUAACCACCAGUCAGGAGGGGAACACGGAGAAGACUGCGCUACUUUAGACAGCCACUCAAAGACGUGGUUUGAUGUUCCCUGUGAGUUUCAUUAUAAACGAAUCUGCCAGAUGGAUGCCAUUCAGUUCAACUGAUUUUUUUUUUUUUAAGGUGAAAAUGUGACACAAUUUAAUAGUCUAGAAACUGCACGGGGGUAUGAAUAAAAUGUAAAAACAAACAAACAAAAAAAAAACAUAAACAUCAUUUGUUAAAUGUUUGGGAUAAAUGAUAAUAUGCUCCGACAUACAGUUGUUUUUUUGUUUUUUGUUAUUUUUUGUUAAGAUUCUAGUGGCCAGAAAGCUCCACAGUAUGUUGUUGAAUUUCAAUGAAAGAAAAUAUGCACAUUUAAUUUUAUACUGAUUUUAUACAAUGUUGUAAAUGUUUAAUCAAAAUUGUUAUUACACUAAUGUUGGGUAAAUAAUACCUUAUUGCAGAAAAUGACUACGAAUGUUGUCACUGUCUGUAUGUCAUAGAAAUUUGGACAAAUGAUUCUGUUUUAGUAACAACACUGUAUCAUAAAUGUGUGUGUUAUCCCUUUAAGAUGCGUCCUGUUGCUUCUCUACAGUUUUCAGUUCGUCAGUUUGUCAAUAAAAUAUUUUUUAUAGUCUGA